GUGGUUUCAAUAUGCGAAACGGAAAAUAAUAAAACAACUUGCACACUCACAGAGAAAAGAAAAAAGAAAGAGAGAAAGGGAGGGUUUUCGGUGCAAAGACAGAGAGAGAGAAGGAGAGAGACUUUGGAUAUUUAUCUUCAUCUUCUGCUUCUUCUUCUUCUGCUUGUGUUCUGUUUGUUUGGCAGCGGCGGAACCACUGAGACGAACAAUAAAGCGAAAGAAAGCCGUACCGGCAGUCUCAGAUCUAAGGGUUUUCUCACAGAGGGAGAGAGAGAGACAGAGACAGAGAGAGAGAAAUAAUGAGUGGGAGAGGCGGAGGCGCGGCCACCAAUGGCAAGGGCAAUACUGGACUUUCGGGUAUACCGGCGGGGUCUCGGAAGAUGGUGCAGAGCUUGAAAGAGAUUGUCAAUAACUGCACUGAGCAGGAGAUCUACGCUAUGCUUAAAGACUGCAACAUGGACCCUAACGAAGCCGUUAAUCGCCUCCUCGCCCAAGAUCCUUUUCAUGAAGUGAAGAGCAAACGAGAAAAGAAAAAGGAGACUAAGGAACCAACGGAGCCCAGGUCCCGUGGUGCUAAUAACACCUCAAAUCAUGGUGGUAGAGGUGGUGACCGGUAUGCUGCACGUAGCGGAUCAAACCACUUUAGCUCUAAUGAGUCUGGUUUUUCGCAUGGUAAGUCUGCAUACAAGAAGGAAAACGGAACACAUGCUUAUGCAGGUUCUGCAUCUGGCAUGGCAGGACAUAACAUGAGUAGAAGACCUACAUCCUACAGUGAUUCUGUGGGGACUGAAAAUAAAAUCUCAACAAUAAGCACAGAUGAUGCAAUAUAUUCAUCCUCACAGCCUUCUACUGGAUAUCAGUCUGCAUGGGUAGGGGUUCCAGGUCAAGUUUCCAUGGCCGACAUUGUUAAGAUGGGUAGGCCACAAGCUAAGACUUCCACCACGCCAAAACCCCCUAAUCACAGUGCUAAUCAUCAUGAUGUUGUGGCACCUUCUGAAGCAGAAUUUCAUCACAAUUUGCAUCCAUCACAAGAUCAUGUUCCCAAGGUGUCAGCGACCCAUACUGAGCCUGGAGCUGCUGCAAGCCAAUAUCUAUCUCCCAAUGAUGAGUGGCCCUUGAUUGAUCCACCUUCUGUUAGCAUGUCCUCUGUUUUAGGGGCACCCACAAACUCGGAGAUGUAUGCUGAUUCAUCUAACUUGCCCCUGGAUAGAACUAAUCAACAUAGAAUAUCCCAGCUAGACGAGGUUCAGGUGGAAGAAGAUGGUUCUGUUGAUGCAUUUCCAAGCCAUAAUGGGCCUACUUCUGUGUCUGGUAGACAUAUACAAGAAGAUAAUUCAGGGGGUGCAUCUGCCUUUGAUAAUAGCUUGUAUGAGGACAUAAAUUCCUACCAAACACAGCGACAUGCUUUUGAGGAAAAUGAAGCUGAAGAUGAAGCAUCAUCGGUGGCUGCAAACCUGCAGCAACUUAAUUUACAGAAUGAUGAUAGGGGAGCACCUCCUGAAGAUGAUAACCCUCCUGUGGUCAUCCCGAAUCACCUUCAACUCCAUACUCCAGAUUGCUUGAACUUGAGCUUUGGCAGUUUCCGAUCUGGCACUGAUUCUGCUACUUCUAGCUCUCGGCCACUACAAAGCAAUGUGGAAGAGACAUCUGGGGCUAUAGAUGUUUCUGCAAUUGGGCACUCAGAUUCUAGAAAUCCUGAGUAUUACGGAGAUGAGCAUCUCAUAAAUGCCUCCGAUGGAAAUUUGGUUCAUAGAACUGUGGCCAGUGGUGGAGAUUAUGACUCUCCUUCAGCUUCACCACCGGAGGUCUUAAAACAGGAAACCCCUGAAGCGUCUCAAGGGAAUCAGUAUGUGUUUCCUUCUGCACCUGGAUUUGCAUAUGAGAACUCCCAACAAUUGAAUGUGGCAUUUUCUCACCCACAGACAAGCUCACAGAUGCAGAAUAUUGCUCCCUUUUCAAGUGUGAUGCAGGCGUAUACGAAUUCAUUGCCCAGCACUCUGUUGGCUUCAAGUGCUCAGGCUGUAAGGGAAGAUUUUCCAUACUCACCCUUCCCCGUGUCACAAUCCAUGCCCACAAAAUACAGCAAUGCGGCUUCUUCUAUCAGUGGUCCCACCAUCUCCAUGACAGAGGCAUUGAGAGCAGGUGGUAUUUCUACACCUCAGCCUACUCCACAGAACCUGCCUGGUGCUAAUGUUCCGACCGGACCUGCUCUUCCACAACACCUUGCGGUGCACCCUUAUUCCCAACCCACUCUUCCUCUGGGGCAUUUUUCGAACAUGAUCGGUUAUCCUUUCUUGCCUCAGAGCUACACAUACAUGCCAUCGGCUUUCCAGCAGACUUUUGCUGGCAACAGCACAUACCAUCAGUCUCUGGCUGCAGUUCUCCCACAGUAUAAAAAUAGUGUCUCUGUUAGCAGUUUGCCUCAGUCUGCUAAUAUUCCGUCUGGUUACGGGUUUGGUAGCUCAACUAACAUUCCUGGAGGAAAUUUUCCUCUGAAUCCACCCUCAGCACCUACAGGCACAACAAUUGGCUACGAUGAUGUUAUAAACUCUCAGUACAAGGACAAUAGCCAUUUGAUCUCACUUCAGCAGAAUGACAACUCAGGCAUGUGGGUUCAUGGACCUGGUUCGCGAGCAAUGUCCGCUGUUCCAGCCAGCACAUAUUACAGCUUUCAGGGUCAGAAUCAGCAGCAUGCUGGGUUCCGGCAACCUCAGCAACCUUCACAGCAAUUCGCUGGAGCUCUUGGUUACCCUAACUUCUAUCACUCUCAGACGGGAAUGUCCCUGGAACAUCAACAGCAAAGUUCCAGGGACACAUCCCUCGGUGGCUCGCAAGGCCAGCCCUCCAAGCAGUCUCAACAGUUAUGGCAAAACACCUACUAAUCUCAGUCACCUCCCUCUCCCCAGUUUUUUUUCAGGGUCUUGUAGUGAGUUUGGAAGUGGCCAACCAGAGGCAUUAUCGCGGUCUUAAUAAUCGUCAUGUAUCAUUGUUUGGUCAUAAGAGACUGGCUGCUGCCCUGUGCCACGAGGUUGUAUUCUAGAUGCUAUUUCUUGGUCAUGUUUAACGUAGGAACACGUGUGCUAAUUUGGAUUAGUGGAUUUACUGCGUCCCUUUUCUUCGGUUUUCUCGUCUUUUUUUUUUCUUAUAGUGGAAAGUUGUUUUUCAUAACAAGUCUUGAAC